GCAAGGUGCUUUUUCAAGAACAAGAAAGGGCUCCUUUUCUUCUUCUCUAGGCUAAGUAAUUUUUCCCAAAGUUCUCUUCGUUUUCUCUGUAAAGCCAAAAAUUGACAACUCCACGCGCCACCGGGAAAUUAUCUCUCCUUCGACAAUCCGUUUUCAGCCCCUCGGCGCCUUCUCGGGUUAAGAAAAUGGCUGGAGAAUCUAAGAAUGACGCCGUGGAGUCUGUCACGUCUAAAGAUCCUGAGAUUAAGAAGACACAGAAGAAGAAGAAAGGAGUGCUAUCAAGAUUAUGGAGUGCACUAUUUAGAGUAAAAGGGGAUGAUUUCGAAAAGAGAUUGCAAUAUAUAUCCAAGGAAGAGGAUACCAUUCGAUCCAGAAUGAAAAGGCGUUCUAACAGUUUUCGAAGAAUGACUAGGAAUCUCAUUAUAUUUUCUGUUCUUUCUGAGAUAAUCGCAGUGGGUUAUGCUAUAAUGACCACAAGAUCCGUAGAGUUGAAUUGGAAAAUGAGGGCAUUACGAGUCUUACCUAUGUUUCUGCUGCCAGUAUUUUCUGUUGUUACAUUUUCAGCUCUUAGAAGUUACACAAGGAUCCGUGACCGGAUGGACGAGAAGACAUUGAAAAGGCUUGAGGCUGAAGCACUAGAAAAGAUGGAUGAACUGAAAGAGAAAUCAAAUUAUUACCACACUCAACAGCUGAUACAGAAGUAUGACCGUGAUCCAGCAGCCAAGGCAGCAGCAGCCACCUUUCUGGCACACAAGCUGGGUUCAGAUUCUGGUCUCAGAAUACAUUUGUCAGACGAAGGUAACCUCAACAAUGCUCCCACUACUGGAAAGAGCAGCGACGUUCAACUUGCAACAACAAGUAGUGGACUUCGCCACAGGACACACUCCAACUCUAAAACCAGUAGCAUCGAUAGUGGGUCCCCACGUAACCGCCAUGAAGAUUUAAUGACUGGCCGUGCUGGACUUGAUGAGAUUGCUGACAUGUCACAGCAGCGGCAGCUGAUUGUCGAGCAUCACCCUCAAACAAGUUCGAGCUCAAACGAUGGUGGAUGGAUUGCUCGACUUGCUGCCUUGCUUGUGGGAGAGGAUCCUACCCAAUCGUACGCACUUAUUUGCGGAAACUGCUAUAUGCACAACGGGCUUGCAAGGAAAGAGGACUAUCCAUACAUCACUUAUUACUGCCCACAUUGCCAUGCAUUGAAUAAGCCAAAGCAAAGUGAUGAUCGCGCUUCUGCUUCUGCUUCUGAUUCUCCUACUACGACCUCAUUGCCAGCUGUAAUGCCAGCUGUCUUGCCAGCUGUAGAGGAAGUGGAUGCUGCAGAUGUGGUUCCGAGUGCGGGUAGCUCGACCGAGGAGGAGAAGGUUUCUCCGAGCGGCAGCUCUGUAGCUGCAGAUGAGGAGAUCUCUGAAAUGUAGAAGAAUCUGGUUGGGUGAGUUUGUGUGUGUGUCGAUUGAUUUCGAGAAAAGGUACACAAGGUUUCCCCUUCUUAUUUUUAUUUUUUUUCACGCGAAAAGUAGUGUUGUUGUAAACAUUACUUUGAUGAAAGAGUUGUAUAUUGUUUUGCAACAAAUUAUAGUAGACUGACUUUUUUUUGUUUUGUUUUCAUCAUUUUCUCUUACAUCAUUGUUCGUUCCAAUGUAUGGUACCGAUUGAUGUGUCGUAUUUCCAAUGAUUUU